AUGGAUCGAUACAUAAUGAUUAUCGCGUGUGUUCUGCGGGUGGUGCGGUGCUACAGCUCCGGAGCGGUGACGGAGGCGUGUGACCAUAUGAAACCGCAACACUCCGUAGGCGCGCAGCAGAGCCCUGCUCCAUUCUCUGUCGCCACUGACCGGUCCAGCUUCAAGAAGGGCGACGAAAUCACAGGUGAGAAAUCAUGUUUUUAAUGUUUUUUUUUUUCUAUUACUGCAGAGUUCAUGCAGUGAUAUUGAACACUCACCACUAUAGUUUAUAUUAAUAUUAUGUUUAGGCUGUUAUGGGUAGAUAUAUUCAGUCCAUAUCUACUUUUCAAAGAUGUCUCCAUUUUCUAUGGUGGUGUAACUGGUGUUUUUAAAUCAACUACACACUGUGUUAACAGUCCAGCUCCUGGCAGAUGCCACUCCAUUCAUUGGGUUCAUGUUACAAGCCAGAGCAGUUGGUGGAAGCAGUCCUUUGGGAUCCUUCACUGUAACAAGUGGAGAGGCACAGCUCCUCACCUGCAACGGACUACCUGUGAGUCUAUUCCCAUAGAUUGUAUAAUUCCAUUUAAUUCUGUCUAUUCCCACAUGGCCUAUAGCCUGUUUUGCUGUUAUGAGUGCUACAGUAUUACAUAUAACAUUGAAACAGUAAUGUUUUUUUUUUAGAUCUUAUAGGCCUAAAUGUAUUUGGGAUGUAUGAAAACAACUCUAUUUACAGAAACUGAUCAAUUAUCCUGUUCCUGCAAUCAUCUUUCCUGCAUUCGACCCCAGGAAGGCAAAAUAUUUUUGGCCAUCUCAGAUUGUAUAGGCAAUCCUCACAUAGAAACUUAAUUUGGGAGGAAAGAUGAUUGACAUGCUUUUUACAUUUAUCACAAACCCUUUAAAAAUUGCCACUUUAGGCCCUUUUUAGACCUAAACAUGCCUCCUGUAAGACCCUAAGGGCUCCCGAGUGGUGCAGCGGUCUAAGGCACUGCAUCUCAGUGCUUGAGGCAUCACUACAGACCCCCUGGUUAGAUUCCAGGCUGUAUCACAACCGGCCGUGAUUGGGAGUGCACAAUUGGCCCAGUGUCGUUUGGGCGGUGUAGGCCGUCAUUGUAACUAAGACUUGGUUCUUAACUGACUUGCCUAGUUAAAUAAAGGUAAAAUAAGAUCGGUGAACCAUACAUGAUGCAGACAUCUUGGUGUGAUUAUACUCCUAACAGUGUCAUCUAAAAUAUGGAGUAUGUCAAGAUUCUAAAAUAUUUUUCACAUUGAAUAAAUUAACAUCCAAAUAUAUGAAUAUCUUAAAAGCACCCUUUUUGAUUUUGCUUAUUUUUUUAAACAAUUUACUCUUCAAACAGAUCACAUUUUCAGUGGGCUCUGUUACUUCUGAAGGAUUGCACAUUCAGCAAAUCAAUAGCAGAGGGAGUUCCCUUUUAAUCAUUUUUCCCAUUCACUGUGUUGGUGGUGCUCAUAAAAUGUAUCAUAAUUCAGAGGUUGCACCACAAGUCUGACAGUGGUGUGGAGACCAGGUUAAUCUCCGAAACCUAGUUGUAGCAGGGACCUUUUUCCUGGGGCAAGUGAACUGAGCAGUUGGGCAUGUGGAGCCUGUUCUAUAGUCGCCCCAGGUGUUUUUUUUUUUUUUUUACUGAAAACAACAACUGGGAAGAAUUCCAGUAAGCCUAAAACUGAGCUUUCUGGUUAAUCCACAUUGUUUAAGUGAAAGACUAACAAUUUAAAGCAUGUAUGGGAGCCGGGCAAGUUGAGCCUGCUCUGUGGUUGCCCCAUGGAAAGUGGAGAGUGCACUCUGUUCUCUUUAGACAUGCAUCUUUUGAGAUUUUUUUUUUUUGAAGUUGCAAGUUUACAUACACCUUAGCCAAAUGCAUUUAAACUCAGUUUUUCCACAAUUCCUGACAUUUAAUCCUAGUAAAAAUUCCCUGUCUUAGGUCAGUUAGGAUCACCACUUUAUUUUAAGAAUGUGAAAUGUCAGAAUAAUAUUGUGUGUAUUAAUUUUAUAUAUGUAAAAAAAAAAAUACACUAAGGAGUAUGACACCAUGUUGUCUGUAUAAUGUACGAUUCACAGAUCAUAGGGUCUUACAGGACGCAUGAAUAGGUCUAAAAAGGUUCUAAAAUGGCCACUUCAUCAUAAUAGUUUGAUACAAAUGUAAUAAGAAUAUCAAACAGCCCUCCUCCCAAGUAAAUUUCUGUGAGAAUUACCAGACAUAUUUUUUGGCCUUCCUGAUGUGGAAUCACCCUGUUGCAUCUGAAUAAAGCCUAACUAAAUCUUCGUGGAUCCUUUUUUUUUCCUGUUCCCAGAAGUCUGCAAUUUCUCACACAUCAGCUUCACCUAAAUUCUCCAUCCAGGGAACAUGGAGGGCCCCCAUAUCAGAUGACCUCAACUCUAUCCAAUUCAGGUGAUUCAUCCAUCCUGUAGCUCCUGAACCAGAAUGUUCACUUCUUAUACCCUCUGGUCCGGUUUCCCGGACACAGAUUAAGCCUAGUCCUGGACUAAAAAAACAACUUUCAAUGGGGAAUCACCAUUGAACAUGCUUUUUAGUAUAAUACUAGGCUUAAUCUGUGUCUGGGAAACCGGCUCUUGAUAUUGUUUUACUAUUUGUUCUGCCAGUGUAUCCUUUGUAAAAGAUUUCGACACCUUCUGGGUUGGCGUGAGAAGUUCUCCAGUCACGUUCAGCGUCGCUGCUGCAACCCCAGCGAACAGCACAUCCACACCCAGCACAUCUACCACUUCCGCCUCAUCCACAGCAGUAUUUCCAUCGCAAUCCUCAGUACGUAUGGUGAUAGCUAAUAGUACAAAUAUGUUUCAUUUAAAACAUCGGUCUUAACAAUGUAUCACACGUGUAACUGACUCUCUGACAAUAUUUUCAUAUUAGAUUUUCAAACAAUUAAAUAUAUUUGUAAGCACUACAUCAGUUGUCCCAAAGUGCUUUACAGUAACAUUGAUUAUGUUUGUAACAGUUGUCCAUCUCGAGUGCUGGAUGUGGCAGCAGUAAGGUCUGUUUCAGCCGACCUCUGAACUGUAACCCUGGGGUCAGCCCAGACUGUUACUUCCUGUCUGCGACGACCUCUACCAGGGAUACAGCCAUCCAGUUGGAGAUGACCGGCCCUUCAGACGGCUACAUCGCCAUCGGCUUCUCAGAUGACCAGACGAUGGUAACGCUCACUGCCUACAACCUGCCCUCAUCUAGCCUGGUACUCCUAAUGGUCCAACAUGUUUGGUUGGCAUGACAAUGACCAUUAGGAGUUGGCAAGACUGCACUAAUGUAUCUGGGACCAGGCUAGCACUCAAACCAUUUUCAAAUGAAAUGUGUUCUUUUUUCAUUUACAUAAAUGUAACUGGACUGACUGCCUCUAAAUUUGAAUGAGCAAAUUCAACAGAUGUGACUUGAUUGUGUUCCUCUAACAUUUUCUUCAUCUUCUCAUAAGGGAAAUGAUGACAUCUUUAUUUGUGGCCGGGACAGUAACGGGAUCAUCCAAUUGCAACACGCCUAUUCAACAGGAAGAACGCGACCAGACAUGCGUCCUCUGGUAUUGAACUUCUCUCGCUCGUUAUUAUGGCAUAUGAAUGGCGUACGUGUUUGCAUAAUGCCUAAUAGGGUUGGGGUCCAUUCCACUGAAAAGCAAUGAGGACAAUUGCAAUUGGGACUGAAAUUUCUGUUCCUGACUUGACUGAAUCGAAAUGGAAUUGACCCCCAACCCUGAUGCUUAAUAAAUCAUAAAACAAUCUGUAUUGAUGCAAAUGUUUCUUGUUUGUCCUUCUUGUAGGGAAAUGUUUCUGAUGUUAAAUCCUCAAUGAAGGAUGGUAUCAUUAGCUGUUCCUUCACGACUAUGAACCCCGUCUCAACUCAACGAUCCAUACGGUCCAGUUCCCCCUACUACCUCAUGUUUGCUCAAGGACCAACCAGUAAUGGUAGAGUAUGAGACAAUAUGUACAUGUGGGGGGCGUGCUUGUAGUAUAUGGCCAAUAUACCAUGGCUAAGGCACUCCGCGUUGUCGUGCAUAAGAACAGCCCUUAGCCGUGGUACAGUAUAUUCGGAAAGUAUUCAGACCCCUUCUUCCACAUUUUGUUACGUUACAGCCUUAUUCUAAAAUGAAUAAAAUAAUUAUUCUUUCCUCAAUCUACACAAUACCCCAUAAUGACAAGGCAAAAACAGGUUUUUAGAAAUGUUUGCAAAUGUAUUAAAAACAGAUACCUUAUUUACAUAAGUAUUCAGACCCUUUGCUAUGAGACUUAAAAUUGAGCUCCGGUGCAUCCUUUUUCCAUUGAUCAUCCUUGAUGUUUCUACAACUUGUCAACCUGUGAUAAAUUCAAUUGAUUGGACAUGAUUUAGAAAAGCACACCUGUCUAUAUAAGGUCCUACAGUUGACCGUGCAUGUCGGAGCAAAACCCAAACCAUGAGGUCGAAGGAAUUGUCCGUAGAGUUCCAAGACAAGAUUGUGUCGAGGCACAGAUCUUGGGAAGGGUACCAAAACAUUUCUGCAGCAUUGAAGGUCCCCAAGAAUACAGUGGCCUCCAUACUUCUUAAAUGGAAGAAGUUUGGAGCCACCAAGACUCUUCCUAUUGCUGGCCACCUGGCCGAACUGAGCAAUCAGGGGAGAAGGGCCUUGGUCAGGGAGGUGACCAAGAACCUGAUGGUCACUCUGACAGAGCUCCAGAAUUCCUCUGUGGAGAUGGGAGAACCUUCCAGAAGGACAACAAUCUCUGCAGCACUCCACCAAUCAGGACUUUAUGGUAAAGUGACCAGACGGAAGCCACUCCUUAGUGAAAGGCAGAUGACGGCACACUUGGAGUUUGCCAAAAGGCACCUAAAAACUCUCAGACCAUGAGAAACAAGAUUCUCUGGUCUGAUGAAACCAAGAUUGAAAUAUUUGUCACGUCUGGAGGAAAUCUGGCACCAUCCCUAUGGUGGUGGCAGCAUCAUGAUGUGGGGAUGUUCUUUAGCGGCAGGGACUGGGAGACUAGUCAGGAUCGAGGCAAAGAUGAACGGCGCGAAGUACAGAGAUCCUUGAUGAAAACCUGCUCCAGAGCUCUCAGGACCUCAGACUGGGGUGAAGGUUCACCUUCCAACAGGACAACGCAGGAGUGGCUUUGGGACAAGUCUCUGAAUGUCCUCAAGUGGCCCAGCCAAAGCCUGGACUUGAACCUGAUCUAACAUCUCUGGAGAGACCUGAAAAUAGCUGUGUAGCAAUGCUCCCCAUCCAACCUGACAGAGCUUGAGAGGAUCUGCAGAGAAUGGGAGACACUCCACAAAUACAAGUGUGCCAAGCUUGUAGCGUUAUACCCAAGACCACUCAAAGCUGUAAAAGGUGCUUCAACAAAGUACUGAGUAAAUGGUCUGAAUACUUACGUAAAUGUAAUAUUUUUUUAUUUUUAAUAAUUUAGCUAAGAUUUCUAAACCUGUUUUUGCUUUGGGGGGAACAAUUUAAUCGAUUUUAGAAUAAGGCUGUAACCUAACAAAAUGUGGAAUGUCAUGGUCUGAAUAUUUAUGCACGCUCAAGUUCUUUUUUUUUUUUUUUUUACAUAUUUAUUGUUUCACAAAAUAUUUUGCAUCUUCGACGUGGUAGGCAUGUUGUGUAAUUCAAACGAUACAAACUCCCAAAAAAUCCAUUUUAAUUCCAGGUUGUACGGCAACAAAAUAAGACAAAUGGCAAGGGAGGUGAAUACUUUUGCAAGCCACUGUAUGUGUCAAUGUUAUUCUCUUUCUCUUGGGUUGACUUUGACAGGGGAAAUCAGGCAUCAUACAAGCACCUUCAUCAGUGACACUAAGGUGGAUGUUUCAAGACCUCAGCUUGUCACCAAUGCAAUCCGCCCCCCUAUUAUAAAAGCACAUGGUAAUGUUACUGUUGUCCUAGUGAGAAGAGUUUGCAUGCAUAACCUCAAACAUUAUUGCAAUACACUGAUUAUAACUACAGAUACUAGCAUAUUGAUUAUCCUGUUGCGCUUCAGGUGCCCUGAUGUUGAUAGCGUGGAUGACCACCGGUAGUCUAGGAAUGAUCACAGCCAGGUAUCUGAAAGGUGUGGCCAAGGGGAAAGGAUGUUGUGGGAAAGACGUUUGGUUUCUGGUGAGUUUCUGCUAUACUGUCCCCAAUGUGUUAGUGUAAAGGUGUUAGAUUGUAACCUCCCUCCUUAGCUUGAAAUGUCUCCACCCCACUGCUAUCGAAUCGGUGCCUUUUCUAUAGCAUGAUUGGCUAAUUGUGUCAAGCGGGCUGUCACGUGUUUCCGAGGCCAGGAUCCGAGAACUCCCAAUCACAGACAUCUGAAGCUAUACUGUUAAGCCAACACAUUGACGGCCGUCACAUUAGUACGUCUAGAUCAAGGUUUCUUAAACUAUGGGUCAGGACUUAGUGUGGGCCCUGGGCACGUGAGAAGUGGGUCGCGAGUUAUUAGAAUACAUCUCUAAUCACACACUAUUUAUUUUUAAGGCGAGGCACCACACCCUCAUGCUUUUAAAAAAAUAGUUUCCCUUAGAUAUAACACAAUGCACUUUUACCAGUUGACUAUAGAUGCCAAUAUGAUACUUUUGUGUAUUGCAACUUUUCUGAAAUAUUGUAUGAAAAUAUGCAAUAUAGGCAAUAUUCAUUUAAAUAUUUGCAUAUACCGCGAAUACAUUUUUCUGGACACCUUAAUGAAGUCAGACACAAUUUUCGUUUCAUUAAGACACUCGAGGACCGGACUUGUAUAGAGCAGAUUGUGGAUAUACACGGAGUAUACAGAACAUUAAGAACACCUGCCCUUUCCUUGACAUACCCUGACCAGGUGAAAGAUAUGAUCCCUUAUUGAUGUCUCUUGUUAAAUCCACUUCAAUCAGUGUAGAUGGAGGGGGGAGACAGGUUAAAGGAGGAGACGAUUGAGUUUCCUGUGUGUAUCAAGAAUGAGCCACCACCCAAAGAACAUCCAGACAACUUGACGCAGCUGUGGGAAGCAUUGGAGUCAACAUGGGCCAGCCUCCCUGUAGAACGCUUUCGACACUUUGUACAUCCUGCUCAUAAAAAUAAAGGGAACACUAAAAUAACACAUCCUAGAUCUGAAUGAAUGAAAUAAUCUUAUUAAAUACUUUUUUCUUUACAUAGUUGAAUGUGCUGACAACAAAAUCACACAAAUUAUCAAUGGAAAUCAAAUGUAUCAACCCAUGGAGGUCUGGAUUUGGAGUCACCCUCAAAAUUAAAGUGGAAAACCACACUACAGGCUGAUCCAACUUUGAUGUAAUGUCCUUAAAACAAGUCAAAAUGAGGCUCAGUAGUGUGUGUGUGGCCUCCACGUGCCUGUAUGACCGCCCUACAACACCUGGGCAUGCUCCUGAUGAGGUGGCGGAUGGUCUCCUGAAGGAUCUCCUCCCAGACCUGGACUAAAGCAUCUUCCAACUCCUGGACAGUCUGUGGUGCAACGUGGCGUUGGUGGAUGGAGCGAGACAUGAUGUCCCAGAUGUGCUCAAUUGGAUUCAGGUCUGGGGAACGGGCGGGCCAGUCCAUAGCAUCAAUGCCUUCCUCUUGCAGGAACUGUUGACACACUCCAGCCACAUGAGGUCUAGCAUGGUCUUGCAUUAGGAGGAACCCAGGGCCAACCGCACCAGCAUAUGGUCUCACAAGGGGUCUGAGGAUCUCAUCUCGGUACCUAAUGGCAGUCAGGCUACCUCUGGCGAGCACAUGGAGGAAUGCCACCCCACCGCCAAACCGGUCAUGCUGGAGGAUGUUGCAGGCAGCAGAACGUUCUCCACGGCGUCUCCAGACUCUGUCACGUCUGUCACGUGCUCAGUGUGAACCUGCUUUCAUCUGUGAAGAGCACAGGGCGCCAGUGGCGAAUUUGCAAAUCUUGGUGUUCUCUGGCAAAUGCCAAACGUCCUGCAUGGUGUUGGGCUGUAAGCACAACCCCCACCUGUGGACGUCGGGCCCUCAUGGAGUCUGUUUCUGACCAUUUGAGCAGACACAUGCACAUUUGUGGCCUGCUGGAGGUCAUUUUGCAGGGCUCUGGCAGUGCUCCUCCUUGCACAAAGGCGUAGGUAGCAGUCCUGCUGCUGGGUUGUUGCCCUCCUACGGCCUCCUCCACGUCUCCUGAUGUACUGGCCUGUCUCCUGGUAGCGCCUCCAUGCUCUGGACACUACGCUGACAGACACAGCAAACCUUCUUGCCACAGCUCGCAUUGAUGUGCCAUCCUGGAUGAGCUGCACUACCUGAGCCACUUGUGUGGGUUGUAGACUCCGUCUCAUGCUACCACUAGAGUGAAAGCACCUCCAGCAUUCAAAAGUGACCAAAACAUCAGCCAGGAAGCAUAGGAACUGAGAAGUGGUCUGUGGUCACCACCUGCAAAACCAGUCCUUUAUUGGGGGUGUCUUGCUAAUUGCCUAUAAUUUCCACCUGUUGUCUAUUCCAUUUGCACAACAGCAUGUGAAAUGUAUUGUCAAUCAGUGUUGCUUCCUAAGUGGACAGUUUGACUUCACAGAAGUGUGAUUGACUUGGAGUUACAUUGUGUUGUUUAAGUGUUCCCUUUUAUUUUUUUGAGCAGUGUAGAUUUGUCCAUUUGAAUGUGGUUAAAAUUCAUUAAAUUGACUGAUAAAUAAAAUAUACAUUUACAGUAAGUUUUGAAUUUGUUUUCUAAUAUUAAAGGAUCAAACGUAGAUUCAAUAUGUCAUUUCAGCCUGUGGUGCCUCGCCUUAAUUUGGCUCGUUGUAAGACUAUUUGGAUGGUACAUUUCUCAUUGGUUGACAAAGUUUUAAGAACUGAUGGUCUAGAUUUUAUUUGGUGGCAUGUUCUUAGUACUAAAUAAUGCCACAUAAUCUGUAUUUAUGUUCCUCAGGCGCACGUGUUUCUUAUGACACUCACUGUUGCUGCCACCAUCAUUGCCUUCAUUUUGUCCUUCUCACAUGUUAGAGGCUGGAGUGGGGUAUGUAUCAUAAACCUUUGAUUGCGCCUGUACAUUAUUAAAACAAACGUCCAAGUUUUAAUAGCCAAUAUGUUUUCUGAAUGAAGGUGACAAAUGCUGUGUAUCCUACAGUUUUAUGUUACUCAAACAAACCUACUUCAUUAUGGAAGGCUCAGAUAAUUGAAAUGGUUACGAGACAAUGUUUGAGGCCAGUGUGUUUAUAGGGAGCCCAUCCUGUGUUGGGCUGCAUCCUUAUGAUCCUGGCCUUCUUCCAGCCGACCGCUGCCAUGUUCCGAUGUGGACCUCAACAUCACUGGUAAGGUAUCCAUAAUCAUACCUCAUGUAUGUGCGUUUACUUCUGUGUAAUAGUUUAUAGACCAAAUGUGGCCUAAUUUUCUCAAGGAGUUAAUGUAUUUUGUGUUUUUCACAGGCGAUUCCUCUUCAAUUGGUCGCAUGCUUUGAAUGCAGUGGCGAUUAAAGUUUUAGCUGGUAAGGAAAUUUUACAUUUACAUUUUAGUCAUUUAGCAGACGCUCUUAUCCAGAGCGACUUACAGUGCAUACAUUAUUUUUUAUACCCCCCGUGGGAAUCGAACCCAAAACCCUGGCGUUGCAAACGCCAUGCUCUACCAACUGAUCUACAUCCCUACCGGCCAUUCUCUCCCCUACCCUGGACAACGCUGGGCCAAUUGUGCGGAACUGUGAUCAUAAUAGUUUUUGUUGGUUUUUAUUUGCAUAGUACAAAGUACUGUAUCUUCUCAGCUAAUAUAUGUCAAACAUGUUUGUUGUUGCUCUAUGGCCAUGUUAGUAAUUGUGUUGACAUUUUCUUCCAGUGGCGGCAAUAUUCACUGGGCUGUCAUUGAUUGACAGCUCUGAGGAUAAGUGGCUUUUGAAGGUGAUGGGUGGGUUUGUUGGAUGGGAGGCAACACUGUACAUCCUGCUAGAUGUCCACAUGCGCUGGAAGCGCAAUGGUGAGAAAAUACAUUAUAUCCAUUAUUAUUUAGUUAAAUUCAGGUUAAUGAUAUACAAUCCCCUACAAUAUUGAGCAACCUAAUAUUGUGCAUCUGUUAAGGAAAUAUUUAUCUGCCAUAUUUAACUUUUUUCGGCCUCUUGGCCUUCAUCAAAAGCUCUGACAACGGACAAUAGGCGACAAGUACGCUUGAAUAAACAAGUUGAUACCAGCAAGAGCAGUGUACAGGUUUCUCUUUUCUUAAAUACUACACAACUUUUUUUUUGUUCUUAUAGAUAACAAAGAGGGUGCUUCUGACUCGGUAAGCUGA